AUGGAAACUCGCAAAGCUCAUUGCUUGAUAUUUCCAUGUGCCGUGCAAGGACAUAUAAACCCGAUGCUCCAGUUUGCUAAGCGUUUGCAACAUCAAGGCACCAAAAUCACACUUGCUACAACUAAAUUCCUGUUCAAAACCUUGCAAGAAGUCUCGGGUUCAAUCGCAGUGGAGACCAUCUCUGAUGGAUAUGAUGAAGGAGCAAAUGAAGUGCCCCUUGAUACAUAUAAUGCUGUGUUUCAAAAGGUUGGCUCAGAAAGUCUAACUGAGCUAAUCUUGAAGCUUAAAGAUCUAGGCUGUCCUGUUGAUUGUAUUGUGUAUGAUGCAGUCAUUCCCUGGGCUCUGGGUGUGGCCAAAAGUCUUGGCUUACGUGCAGCUGCGUCCUUCACUCAAUCUUGUGCUGUCAACAAGAUCUACUACCAUGUCUACGCAGGACUUUUGAAACUCCCUCUGGAGGAGUCUAAAGUGGAAAUUCCUGGCUUACUACCACUUUUAGCUUCAGAUCUGCCUUCUUUUGUUUCUACUUACGGUUCAUAUCCGCCAAUUUUUCAGCUGGUUACACAUGACCAAAUGAAGAACAUUCAUGAAGCUGACUGGAUCUUCUGCAACACAUUUUACAAGUUGGAGGAAGAGGUGAUUGACUGGACAUCUAAGAUCCUACCAGUAAAGACGAUUGGACCAACCAUUCCAUCUAUGUACCUUGACAAGCGCCUUCAAGAUGACAAGCAGUAUGGUCUCAGCCCUUUUAACCCAAUGACUAAUGCUUGCAUGUCCUGGCUAAAUGAAAGAUCAACCAGUUCAGUUGUUUAUGUGUCAUUUGGAAGUUUGGCAGAACUUGAUGCUGAGCAGAUGGAAGAAGUAGCACAGGGCUUGAGAACUAGCAACUACUAUUUUCUAUGGGUGGUUAGAGAAUCAGAAUCAAAUAAGCUGCCAAAAGAUCUUGUUAAAGAAACACCUGAUAGAGGAUUAGUCAUUUCAUGGUGUCCUCAGCUUGAAGUUUUAGCCCACAAAUCUAUAGGGUGCUUUAUCACUCAUUGUGGAUGGAAUUCAACAGUGGAGGCCUUAAGUUUGGGAGUCCCAAUGAUAGGCAUGCCACAAUGGACCGAUCAAAGCACAAACGCCAAGUUUGUAAUGGACAUCUGGAAAACAGGAAUCAAAACUCAGCCAGAUGAAACUGGAAUUGUUAGAAGAGAUGUCAUUCAUGAAUGCAUAAGCGUAGUGAUGGAGGGGGAGAAAGGACAAGAGAUCAGGAAAAACGCAGAUAACUGGAAGGAUUUGGCAAGGAAGGCUUUUGAUCAGGGGGGAAGUACAGAUAAAAACAUUAAAGACUUUGUAUCCAAAUUGAUUCAGUUUUGAAGAGAUAAUAAAGUAUAUCGUCUUCUUCAAAAACAAUCAAA